AUGCACCAUGGGAUGGAUGCGAGUGAGAGAGAGGCCGCAGAGGCGAAGGCAGAGAGCCAAGCCUCUGAGCCAGGAGCCUGGAGCUGGGAGCCUGGAGCUGGGAGCCUGGAGCUGGGAGCCUGGAGCUGGGAGCCUGGAGCUGGGAGCCUGGAGCUGGGAGCCUGGAGCUGGGAGCCUGACGCGCAGGAAGUCUUUAUAGCCUUCUACAAUGAGGUCAAAAAAGGUUUCUGA